AUGGGCAAAAAGGAAACCAAGGAUUUAAAGGAAGUAAAGGCAAACCAGGACCACCUGUCUGAGGGUGAACAAGGACCAAAUGGAACAAAGGGAGAGCCUGGAGACAAAGGAGCAAAAGGAGUAGAUGGUCCAAAGGGAAUGAAAGGAGACAAAGGAGAUCCUGGUCUUAAAGGGAUUCCAGGACCAAUAGGACCACCAGGAAGAAAUGGUGAUAUUGGGGAGCCAGGAACGCCUGGACUGAAUGGAACAGCAGGUCCUAUAGGAAGACCUGGAAAAAUGGGACCUCCUGGAGAAAGAGGUGAAAAAGGAGAUAUAGGAGACCAAGGUCCAAAAGGUGAUCCAGGUCCUGAGGGUGAACAAGGACCAAAUGGAACAAAGGGAGAGCCUGGAGACAAAGGAGCAAAAGGAGUAGAUGGUCCAAAGGGAAUGAAAGGAGACAAAGGAGAUCCUGGUCUUAAAGGGAUUCCAGGACCAAUAGGACCACCAGGAAGAAAUGGUCCUGCUGGAGAUCCUGGUCCUGAGGGUGAACAAGGACCAAAUGGAACAAAGGGAGAGCCUGGGGACAAAGGAGCAAAAGGAGUAGAUGGUCCAAAGGGAAUGAAAGGAGACAAAGGAGAUCCUGGUCUUAAAGGGGAUUCCAGGACCAAUAGGACCACCAGGAAGAAAUGGUCCUGCUGGAGAUCCUGGCAUGAAGGGAGUCAAAGGAAUGAAAGGAAACACCGUAUGAAUUGUGGACCUCCUGGAGAAAGAGGUGAAAAAGGAGAUAUAGGAGACCAAGGUCCAAAAGGUGAUCCAGGUCCUGAGGGUGAACAAGGACCAAAUGGAACAAAGGGAGAGCCUGGAGACAAAGGAGCAAAAGGAGUAGAUGGUCAAAAGGGAAUGAAAGGAGACAAAGGAGAUCCUGGUCUUAAAGGGAUUCCAGGACCAAUAGGACAAAAGGGAACAAAAGGACAAAAGGGUGAAGUAGGACCUAAAGGAAAUAUGGGUCUUAAAGGAGACAAAGGAGACAAGGGUGACAGAGGACCAAAAGGUGACAAAGGAAAUAUAGGACCACCAGGUAAAGAUGGCACACAAGGACGAGCUGGAAAACCUGGUUUAAAAGGUAACACUGGUGAUAAAGGUAUGAAGGGUGACAUAGGUCCACUUGGACUACGUGGUAGAACAGGGAAACCUGGUGAUCCUGGAAUGAAAGGAGAGAAAGGUAACCUUGGAUUAACUGGAAGACGAGGCAGUCCAGGAAAACCUGGUUUACCUGGGAUAAAAGGUGAACGUGGCAUAGAAGGACCACAAGGAAUGAAAGGUGAAAAAGGAGAUCCUGGACGUGUAGGAGAUACUGGAAAACCUGGACCUCCUGGUAUUCCUGGUAUGAAGGGAAUGGAGGGUAUUAAAGGAGAUAAAGGAGAUAUUGGAAUUCCUGGAGCUAGAGGACCUCCAGGAAAGAUGGGAGUCAAAGGUAUCCAAGGCAUUGAAGGGCUAAAGGGCAAUUCUGGUCAUGAUGGCAUCCCAGGAGCUAGAGGAUCACCAGGAAAAAUGGGAUUACAAGGACUUUCUGGACCAAAAGGACAAAAAGGUUUGAAAGGUGAUCCUGGAUCGAGGGGAAUACCAGGUAAAGAUGGACUACCAGGACGUAGUGGACCUCCUGGAAAAAAGGGAGAAAAAGGUCAUAAAGGAGAAAAAGGAGACAAAGGGACAAAGGGACAAAAGGGUGAUACUGGUAUGAAAGGUCAAAAAGGAAAAUCAGGGCUUAAUGGAAUUAAAGGAGAAAUGGGAAUACCUGGUAAAGAUGGCAUCCCUGGAAUUCCUGGACGAGCUGGACCACCAGGAGAAAAGGGUAUUAAAGGAGCUAAAGGAACAUCAGGAAAUCCUGGUUUACCAGGUGAAGAUGGAAGGACAGGAGUACCAGGAAAAGAUGGAAUGAAGGGAGAAAAAGGUAGUCCAGGUCCACCAGGACCUAAGGGUAUGGAAGGAGAGAAAGGAGAAAAGGGAGAUGAAGGAGAUAAAGGACCACAUGGAGAUAAUAGUACAAUAGUAGGACCUAAAGGUGAACUAGGUCCACCAGGUAGACAAGGUUUUCCAGGAAAUAGAGGUACUAAAGGAGAAAAAGGCCCACCAGGUCUAAAGGUGAACCAUUACCUGGCCCAAAAGGAAUGCCAGGUCCUCCUGGUCCAAAAGGAGACGUUGGCGGAAAAGGCCUACCAGGUACACCAGGAAUGA